UACCCUUGACAGCAUGCAAAUAAAGCAGCAAGGCAUCUUCCCCUCUGCUGCUGCUGGUUGCCCCACAGCUCAUCAGUCUCCUGAUGGCUUGUGACAUGCCUGCAGUACACCCAGGCUCCUGAGCGAGGGCAGCCUGUGUCACAGCACUCCUCCAACAAGGCUUUGCUACUGACCCCUUGAGAGUCCCAGGGAAGGGCUGAGUGUCACUGCUGCCUCUCCAGACCCCAGGCUGGUUUGGCAGCAGGUGUGGACAGAUUGCAUUUAUCCUCAGAGGUGAAUACAGCCUUUGUAAAUAGCAGGGUGCUCUCUUUUAAACCCUCAGCUCUAUGUUCAGCCCUGCUCCAGUUUAUCACUGUUCUUUAAGUGAGGCUGGACAGGACCGAAUGGUGUGGCAACCAGCUGUGUAAACUAUGACUUCCCCCAUCGGCUUUGAUCUUGUCACAGGGUCUGUGCAACCCUGGCUGUUUUGCAACUGGCUGAUUGCUCUGAGGUGAACCGGAGGCAGGGUGGAGGGGGGAUUCCUCUGAACCAGCCUUGACACAUGAUGCAUUGAGGAAAAAACCACCACAUGUUAAGAUAUUUGCUGGCAGAGCAGAUCUUGGUUAUUGCAGAAGGAGCAGAAGGGAUUGGGAACACAGUAAGGAUGGAAACUGCAGCUCAGAGCAAAGGGAACAUCAUGGGAGGGCCAAGGGUUGGGUGUUUGCACCACUUACCUGCAAUGGGAAGGGAAGGUGGAGUUUAUCAGCUGGGAGAUGCCCAUGAGCUUAGGAAUUUAGGGUUUUUCCCUUGAAGCAUUGUUAUGCAGCCGAACAGCAUGCCUGUGCUUCCUUGGAAAGGCCCUGCCUUCAGGGAAGGGAGGCUGCAUGAGCUCUGCUCUGCCCAUGCAGUCCCAGUGUGGAUACAGUUGUGUCUGAUGUGGCCAGAGAGGAGCUUUUCCCUGGCAUUUUGGCAGUAACCAGCCCUUGCCAUGCAAGUAUCUGAUAUUUGCCUCCAGAGCAGGCCUGGAUUUGGAAUUGCUGCCUGGCACUUGUGCUUGUGAUGGCAUUCCUUGCCCUGAGCUGAGGAGUGAGCACCUCCUGAUCAGAUUGUGAAUGAUGCAGUCCCAAUCAGAGCAGCAUUUGCAGGUUUGUUACAAACCUCUUCUUAACCAGAGCAGCUGGUUCACACUUGGGCUGUUUGUGCUUCUGCUUGAAGUUGCUGGAGCAAGGCGAAAGCAGCUCUUUUCAGCUGGUCACGCAAAGGAAAAGCUCCUCUUGGCCUGUUGCAUGCCUGUUCUAGUUGGAGGUGAAGUCAGCUCCUCCUUUGAGGCAGUGUCUUCCCUACAUGGUGGCCUGUGAGGAGCAGCCUGGUGCUGCUGUGCCAGGCAGGGGGUGACACUCCAUCUCGUUUGCAUGUGCGGUUUAUAGUGCUCCUAAUGAAUCCAUUUAGGUAAAGAAGAUUGUUGUAAGUAUAGACGUUAAGAGGAGACUGGGUUUAAUCCUGAGGAAUCAGUAGGACAGGCCCCGAGGAAGGACUGCAGGUCCUGCCCCUGUCUGCAGCUCUGCAGAGGUGAUUGAAGCUCCCAGCCAAAGUCAUCACUAAUCCCCUGCUGCAGGAGAGCUGUGAGAACAGUGUCUGGUGGCACGGCUGGGGACUUUCCCCUUGGCCCUAUUAAGCUUGAUUGAACAAUUGUCCUCACCACCGGUACCUGCCCCUCUGCUGUGUCUCCUGCAGCCAGUGUGAGUGGAAAGGAUGCCUGUGCCCUGCUAGGAGCUGAAUCCCAGCUGGAUCUGCUGGUUUCUGGGCUGCUCUCAGUACAGCUCCUCCCUGGAGCCCCUUGGCUGGCACAUGGCAGUGCCAUCACUGCCUGUGCAGGGGUUUGAGGAUGGCCUUGAGGCUGGAAUCAGUCAGGUUCACAGUGAGAUUCUCUUGUGGCAUACCUAAGAAUGCUGCUCUCUGCUUUUUGUGUCCUUCCACGACUAAAACCAGGACAUUUCUGUGCAUGGAUACUGCCUUAGAGUGUUCCUGUCUGUCCUGGGAGAAACGGAAUUGGCUUUGUCAAGGAAGUGAUGCUCUUGGCUUGUGCUUUUUAGAUGGAGAAGACCUGUCAGUCCAUCCACCUUAAUCUGUGCCUCUGGGAGAGAAAGUGCAGAGUGAGAGCCACUUUUCCAGCUUCCACAGGGCUCAAAUACAUCCCCUGUUGUCUGCACCCUCAAGGUGGAGGUGGCUUGGGUUUACUGAGUGAUUAGCUCUAAACACAAAGUAGGUGGAUGGGGACAGAGGUCGCCAGGAGGGCACUGCUGGUGAGCUGUGAUUUCCCUGAGCCGGAUCUGCUCUCCUGAGUGCAAGGGACAAGGCAGGGUGAGGGCUCCCAUUGCAGGGGGGAUCUUUCCUGCCUGUAAGGACUCCCCCAAGUCACUGCAGUGGAGGGACUAAGGGGAAGGUUUACUGCUGGUUGCCUAGCUCUAAGACCCACCAAGGGCCUGUAGGGACAGGACAAGGGGAGCAGCUUUAACCUGCUGGAGAUUGAGAUCAGUUCUUAGGCAGAAGCUCUUCCAUUUGAGGGUGCUGAGGCACUGGUACCGGGUACCCAGAGAAGCUGUGGCUGCCCCAUCCCUGGCAGUGUUCAAGGCCAGUUUGGAUGGGGCUCGGAGUAACCUGCUCUAGUGGAAGGAAAGACACUUCCAGCCCUGCAGCCCAGCCAGACCAGUGGGUCUGGCUCCUGCUCACCCACAAAGGUCACUGUCCUGCUCCACCCCAGGCCAACAGUGCCACAAGUGCCACACAUUCUUCCACAGGGAUGCACCCCUUGGCUCUCGCUGCUCUUUGCUUUGGCAGAGCAGGAGGGGUUUUGCCAGCCAAGCACUGGGCUGGAGCUUGCUCCUCCAUCCAUACUGUGAGGGAUGCCUCAGGUUGUGAUGGUGAUGGGCAGCCACGUGUGAAUGCCGAGAAGGAGGUUGUGUCAUGAGCUGAUGGAAAUCUGUGCUGUCAGCAGGAACAAUCGGGGCUGCUUAACCUAAAUGGCUCUGCAGAGAUUAGCCGUGGUGCAGGGCGGGGGUGAUCUGAUUUAGGUGAUAGUCCUUUCUGUCAAGGAGUCACAUGUGAGCCGGGCAGUGACCGGGGCCCGGGACAGCGCUGGGAGUGAGGGGCGCUGCGGUGUCUCCUGCCUGCUCCGCUGCCAUUGGAUUCCGUUGUCAGGGCAGGGAUCUGGGGCUCCUGCCCGCUGAGCGCCCGCAGCCAUGCCGGUGGACCUGGCCGUGCGGCUCUGCCUGGGCCACUCGCCCCCCAUCCGCAAGCUGCUGAACUCCUACGAGGAGCUGCGGGGCAGCCGCGGGCGAAAACCCCUCCGGUCCUGCCUCAACCAGAAGCCGAGCGUGGAACCUGAGCCUGAGCGGAGGGAGAGCAGCAGGAGCAACAAGGGCCAGAAGAAGAAGAGAGUCGUGUUCGCUGACACAAAGGGGCUCUCGCUGACGGCCGUCCGCUUCUUCUCCAAGAUCGAGGAGGAUCUGUGUGACCUGCAGCAUGCCCUGUCUGACCUCGCCUGCUUCCGACCGUGGCUGCGGGACUCGCAGCCAGAAGUGUGCAGGUACGUGCUGGACUUCCCACAGCCCUCUGCAGACUACCUGGCCUUCCGCAGCCGCCUGCACAGCAACCUUGUCUGCCUGGAGAACUGCCUGAUCCAGGACCGUGCCCUGUCUGGGACGGUGAAGGUCAGAAACAUUGAGUAUGAGAAGAAGGUCAUGGUCCGCAUCACCUUUGAUGGCUGGAAGAGCUUCCGAGACAUCUCCUGCCAGUACAUACAUAGCACGUAUGGCUCAGCUGACACAGACAUCUUUUCCUUUGAGCUUUCCCUGCCCAAGCCGUCCCUCUCCCGUAGGGCUGCAGAGUUCUGCAUCUCCUUCCAGUGUGGACAGAAGACACACUGGGACAACAACCAGGGGAGGAACUACAGGAUCUGCCAGGCAGGGGUGAUGCGCCCACCUUCUCGUGCUGUCAGGAGUGCGGGCUGGGAGCCCCUUGGUGCCCCUGGGGCAGCUGCCCUGGUCCUGUCCCACCUGCAGAGCUGGCGGCGUGCAGAGACCCAGGCUCCCUACUGGUAGGAGAGCAGAGGGUGCAGGUCCCUUCUGACUGUGACAUGGGGGUCUCGGGAGGGGGCAGCUGCCCAAGAUGCACUCAGGGGUCUGUCAGCUCUGGGGGUCUGCUGCUCUCCAUGGGAGCUCCUUCCUGCUGGCUCCUGUGCCUCCUGCCCGCAGGGGAGCGACGAGGAGCAGCCCUAACCCAAGACUGAGCCCCAGCUGCUGCCCAAGUGCCUUGUGUGGAGCCGCCGGGGCCGUGCCAGCGGCAGCAGCGGGACCAGGGCUCUGCGGGGCUCCGUGCGGGCAGGCCCCGAGCUGCGGGAGCGCCUCCGGUCGUUGGUGCUGUACCGGGGGGUUAAUAAAGUGAUGGCACUCUCGA